AUGAAAGCAAUCCAAAUACAAGCAUACAAUGAGGAGUAUCAUGUAUCCGAAGUCGCCAUUCCCAAACCGAAGCCACACCAGGUCUUAGUGCGUAUCAAAGCCGCUGGAUUCUGCCAUACCGAUUUGAUGGCCUUGAAUAACGAAUUCAAUAACCCGAUUCCAUUCAUUGGCUCGCAUGAACCGGCUGGCAUCAUUGCGGAGAUUGGAUCUGGCGUUAGGGAUUUCCAGAGAGGCGAUAGAGUGGGAUGCAUCAAUUUUGAUAGCGUUUGCGGUAGGCAGAGACGCCAGGCAAGUGAAACUUAA